AUGCGUUCACAAAACAUCGUCGUUGUCAUGGCCACUCUUCUGAGUCUCCUCGCCGCCACCUCAUCUGUCAACGGAGCAGCCAUCGUCCAGAACAAGGACUUGCAGCCCAACAUACCCGGUACCUCGGGAUUCACCCCAGAUCUCUACAGACGCCAUCACCACGACAACGGCAACGAUGAUGAUGAUGAGGACGACGACAACCACCACGGCAAGCACGGCAAAGGUGGCAAGCACGGCAAGCACGACAAAGAUGGCAAGCACGGCAAGCACGAUGGUAAGGGGAAGCCUGACGGAGACAAGCCCGAUGGAGACAAGCCUGAUGGAGACAAGCCUGAUGGCGACAAGCCUGAUGGAGGGGAGGAGAAUCCCAAUGGUGCCACUCCCACCGAUAGCCCUGAUGGUGCCACUCCCACCGAUAGCCCUGACGGUGCCACUCCUACCGAUAGCCCUGAAGUCACCAACCCUACAGUCAGCCCCGAUGCAACCGAGCCUACUCCUACCGUUGAGGCUACCCCCACGGUCGAUGCUGCUCCUACUGUCACUGCCACUGCCACGGCAACUCUGCCUCCUACUGCCGCGACUCCUACUCCUCGGUCUGCCACACCUCUUCCCCCUUCUGGUAGCAGUGCAUCUGCAUUGUUGGCACAUAACCAGGCUGUCCUCGGGUUCCUGUCUGCUGCUGCGAUUAGCUACUUUUUAUAG